AUGGUAUUUGUAAAGAUGGAACUUGAUUCCAUGUUGUACCAUUGUAAAAAACAUUCCAUGUUUUUUUGUUUUUUUUUGCUCAUCAGGACAGUCUCAAAGACUUAUCCUCAGUCUCCUAAAAAUGCCAAACAAUAUCCAGCUUCUCCUGUGAAGCAUCGUGCCACUUCUAAUCUCAACCAGGAAACUCCUAAAAAGAAAGCAGAUAAGGAGAAAGAAAAUGUCAGUCAUCAAAAAUCCCCGGGAGCACGCACUGAAGAAGCAGGCCAGGUGGCUUCUGAAAAGCAUGUGCCUGCUGCAGGAAAGCCAGAAAGUAGUGAAGGAAAGAUCACAGCAGGAACAACUGAUGCAGAAGAAGCUUCAAAAAUUCUAGCUGAAAAAAGACGACAGGCCCGCCUCCAAAAGGAACAAGAGGAGAGGGAGAGACAGGAGCGAGAAGAACAGGAGAGGCUUGAAAGAGAAGAACAGAAGAGAAAGGCAGAAGAAGAAAGACUUCGUCUUGAAGAAGAGGCUCGUAAGAAAGAGGAGGAAAGACGACGCGAAGAAGAAGCAGCUAGGAAAAAGGCAGAAGAGGAAGCCAAGAGGAGAGCUGAGGAAGAACAAAUGCUGAAAGAAAAGCAAGAAAAAGAGCUCCAAGCCAAACUUGAGAAACAGAGGGAAGAAGCAGAAAUCAAAGCCCGUGAGGCAGCUGAGCAACUUCGUCUUGAAAGGGAACAAAUCAUGCAGCAAAUUGAGCAAGAAAGACUGGAGCGAAAGAAGAGAAUAGAUGAAAUAAUGAAGAGAACAAGGAGGAGUGAAACACCAGAAAUAAAGAAGGAAGAGCCAAAACUGGAGAUACCAUCAACUUUGAAUGUGGAAAAGCAACCAAAAUCCCUUGUUCUUAACCAGCCAGAAAUCAAUGGGCUGGCAACUUGCCUGAAAAGUAAAAGCUUAGAGAGUACUGCUUCUGUAGUACCUUCUCCAGAUGUAGUUGCUAAUGGACUGAAGUCAGUUCCAGGACUUGUUCAGCUGGAAGCUGUAGAUGGGAAAUCUAACAGCAUGGAAGAUUCAACAGAUGAGGUUCAGUCUAUGGAUGUGAGCCCUGUUUCAAAAGAAGAACUUAUCUCUAUCCCUGAAUAUUCACCCAUGAAUGAACUCAUGCCCGGUGUUUCUUUCGACCAAAAUGGGACAAGCAAUGCCAAGGCUCUUGAAGAUCUUUUGGAUUUCACAGGCCCAGCUACUUAUUCUAAGACGUCCAGUGAUACUAUUAGCAUUGAUGACUGUAACAAAAACUUGAUUGAGGGAUUUAACAGUCCAGGACAGGAAAAUACACUUAAUUCAAUCUGUUGACAACCUCGCUUUUCGGCAGAACAGACAAAGAGGUAGCAAUCUGUGGAGGACGUACGUCUUUGUGACACUACUGGCGGUAAAACAUGAAAUUGUCACUUGAAAAAGCUUCUGCAUUCCUGAACACUGGAUUUCAAAUAAUCAGAGCUGAAUAAAACUUUGUCUUCCCAGAGAAUAUGUUGACUAACUGGCUGCUUUUGGUGGAAAACAGUGAUCUAGAACCUCGAUGGUUUCAGGGAAGACUGAGUAUGCAUUAGAAUUCGAGCUUUAGCUGCUAGCGAAGCACUUAUUAUUUUCUUUUAAUUUAAAAUGCAUCUGAACACUUCACUGUGAUUUUCCUUGUGCAUUUAAUUUCAAGAUCAUUCCUCCUUAAUUUUAUCAUGCAUCCAUUUAGCCAUCUUUUUAUUGUAAAUAGCGAUGAAGUUUGCCUACAGUGCACUGAAAAGAAAUACUACGCUGUACUUUGGUUCUGUGCCUAUCUUCUUUUUUGUUUUUAAUAAGGAAUUAUUGGCAACUUUGAUGCAGGCAUAUAAUUCAAAGCUAUAGCUGAAAAGGCUUAAAACUGGAUAAUUACUGCGAGUGAAAGAACCUUCUUACUGACUGCAGAGUGUGGAGUUACCUUGUAAUGGUGAUGUUGACAGUUUUAGUCACUGGUGGCACUUACUGGUUAAUAUUAAUAGUCCUGGAGUGAUUAUGAAUUAUGUGUUUAAAAACAUACCUGUGUAACACCUGUAAACAAUGCAGGCACAAUGCUGAGUAUAAUCCCUAAUAUAUUAUAGUAUAACUGUAGUAGAUGCAAGUGAGUAUGUCGGGGGGUCAGGUAACACGAUAACCUUUGGAGAUGCAGACACUUGGUUAAUACCAGCAGGCUUUCUGUCACGUGCAGAAGUGUUUUGUCUUCCUUACAGGCUCAACAAAACAAGAUACAGUCGGCAGCAAAAUAACAUAUGAAAGUUGCAGCAGAAA